AUGGACAACUCCCCUACUUCUCUCUUUGACUCUUAUGAGCAGGACUUCAAACAAUUUAUCAUUCAAAUACGGGAGAAGUUAGAAGCAGACCAUGAUAAUGAUACUGAACAACGCAAAGCCGCCUUGCGACGGGUCGAAAUGAACUUGGAAGAAGCGGAUGAAAUGGUAUCGCAAAUGGACAUCGAAAUCCAAGGCAUACCACAGUCACUUCGCUCACAAUACCAAACCAGACUACGGGAGGCCAAACAGGAAUUAUCAAGAUACAAGGCCAUGUCGAAAGAUCUCAAUUCCAAACUCUCUCGUUCUUCCUUACUUUCUUCGUCUUCGCGUCCAGGGUCCUUCCCUACUUCGGAUGACCCUUAUGGCGGUGGUCCAACGAGCGACCGUACACGACUGUUGGCUGGAACGGCUUUACUUGAAGACGGUACCAAACGAUUACAGGAAUCUCAACGGACGGCGCUCGAAACGGAAGAACAAGGAGCUGAUAUCUUGAUGAACCUUAGGAUGCAGAGAGAACAGAUUGAGAACUCGCGGAAUACGCUGGAGAUCGCAAAUUCCUCUGUCAACCGAGCGUCAAAUACCUUGAAAGGAAUGAUUAGACGAAUGUAUCAACAACGAGUCGUUACUGGAGCUAUAAUCGCCAUCCUUGUCCUUCUCAUCGUCAUUGUAGUUUGGGGAAAGCUAAGUUGA